AUGAAACCUCUGAUUGUAUUCCUCCUGGUGUUAUCACAGGUUGCCGCCUCGCAACCCACUUAUGGCAAGGUUUCUGGAACUAUUGAAUCAUCAGAAGUUGUGUUAAAAUGGACAACUUCUUAUGAGGAUCAGACUAUACGCUUCUCUGUAUGGAUGACAGGACCAGGUCUUCGUUGGAUGGCUAUUGGAUUUUCGGAUCAUGGAAAGUUCAACAAUUCAGACUUCUGCUUGUUCAGAAACGGAAAACUAAGAGAUUAUUACACUGAUAAUGAUUUCAUAUUACAUCAAGAUAUGAAUCAGGAUUGUGAGCUUAUAUCCUUUGGGAGACCCCUGUCUGAGAAUGUUAUCAACUCUGAAGUUCCGAGAAGAGUUUUUGAAUUCAGACGUCGAUUCUCUACCUGUGAUCCUCGUGAUUAUGCGUUUGAGCCUGGAACUACUCAAUUCAUUUUCACUGGCGGAAAUGUUUUCUCCAAAAACCUCAAUGAUGCAAAGAAAUCUCUUCAUUUCGGUCAAGUUAUAAAUGGUGAUAGCGAAAUUCCUAAAAUGGAGGUGGAUAGAAGCCAAUUCCGCGUUUUAGCUGACCAAGCUUUGAUUCCCGGUGUCGUCACUUCUUACUGGUGUACGGUCAAGAAAGUUCCAGAAUAUGUGCAGAGUAGAAAACAUCAUGUUAUAAUGAUGAAUUCAGUUGUUCAGCCUGAGAAUAAGCACAUCGUACAUCACAUGGUGAUAUACGCUUGCCAAACAAAUGAUCAAACAGAAUUCAGUCUAAACUGUAACGACCCGUUCAAACCAAAGUCUUCGAGCACCUGCAGCCGUGUCGUUGGAGCAUGGUCCAUGGGUGAAGGGUCUGUUUCCUAUCCUCCCGAAGCUGGCUUACCUAUAGGUGGCUCACAAGGAUCUUCCUACUUAAUGGUCGAAAUCCAUUACAAUAAUGUUGAGAAAGUUACUGGAGUUAGGGAUAGCUCAGGAUUCCAGUUUGUUGUCACCCCACAAUUAAGGCUAUUCGAUGCUGGAAUUAUGGAACUCGGAUUGAUUUACUCCGAUGCUAACUCUAUACCACCUCAACAGGAUGCUUUUCCGAUAACUGGAUAUUGUGUGGAAGAUUGUACGAAGAAGUUGCCAACAGAAGGAAUCCAAGUGUUCGCCAGUCAGUUGCACGCUCACUUGACAGGAAGAAAGUUAUGGACUAGUCAUUAUCGAAAUGGAGUGAAAGUUGGAGAGCUUAAUAGAGAUAAUCACUACAGUCCGCAUUGGCAACAUGUUCAACAAGUUCGACCAUAUGUUCACGUCAAACAGGGAGAUGUUCUAGCAACAACCUGUGUUUAUGAGACAAGAGACAGAAGUAGCAUGACUCUGGGAGGUUAUGGCAUUGAAGAUGAGAUGUGUGUCAAUUACAUCUAUUAUUUUCCUGUUUCUGAAAUUGAAGUUUGUAAGUCAGCUGUUGAUAACAGCUCAUUGCAUUCAUAUUUCGCGCAUAAGCAUAAAAUCCAAAACGUGGAACUGCCGAUCCAUCUCAAAUAUAAUUCGAUUGACUGGACGGAGGAGAAGUCUUUAUCACUCAAAGAGUUAUAUUCAUCAGCGCCAUUAAACAUGCAUUGUCUCCAGCAUGAUGGAACAUUAUUUUCGGGCCAUAACUGGUCAAGCAUCCCUGUCCCAAGAAUAAAUGCAGGUCCUUUCGUUAAAAUGAGAGAUGUUUAUGAAUGUCCAUCGUUGAAUGACUACUAG